AUGAAUGAAAAAAAAGAAAAUAGAAAUCUUUUUCUGACUCCUACACAUAAUCUGUUGUCAGUAUUUCACGUUAACACAAUUUAUGGAUGUGAGGACAUAGAAAACCAGGUUUGCUCCCAACUAAUUCAAAAGUAUCCAGGAUUUUGCAGCGAAACCUGUGUCUCAUCAUUGUGCCAACGGAGUUGUGGACUUUGUCCUACUAAUUGUUACGAGUGUCAUGAGGUAGAUAAUCCGAAGAAUUGCACAAACGUGGUAGAAUGUCCUUCAAAAGAUCAUCAUUGUUUUACCACGCAGUCAUUCGCCGACGAUUUUAGAGAAAUAUAUAAACUGGGAUGUGCUACAAAGGAUCUUUGUGUAAGCUACUUUGGUGAUAAUAUGAAACGCAGUCUUAGAGUUGAUGCUGCAUGCUGUCACGAAGAUAGAUGUAAUGAUAUGACUCCAGAGGAGAUUGAAUAUGAAAAGCAUCAACAUCAGAUGAUCACAACACCUCCAUCAAAUAAAACAACUAUCUCACCAUUGAACAACGACUGUCGAAAUAUUGAUGAAACCAUCUGUACACGUAUAAUACAGUUAAACCCAGAUUUCUGUAAGAACGAUACAUGUGUUGCUUCGAAGUUAUGUCCCCUGAUGUGUAAAAGCUGCUUUAGAUGUAAUAGUUGUAAUGACAUAGAACAUAUUGAUGACUGCAAGGCGACCACCGCAUGUAACGGGGGCAUGAAAUGUUAUUCUCUUGAAACAUUAAGUUUUGAUCUCAGACCGGUAUACAGACUUGGAUGUAUGGAUGAUCAGCUUUGUCAGAGAUUUAAGAUAUCCAGCCCGCAAAUAUUUGGCAAAAGACAACAAUUACAACUAAAAGGAGGUUGUUGCAGUUAUGACCUUUGCAACGACAAUGUUGUCAUGACAACUGUAACGACUACACCGACUACAACAACAACACAAGUUCCUACGACUGUUAUUACUGGUUGCGGUCACCAUUCAUCAAAACAAUGUCCUUCAGGAUUUCAGCUUUAUGGACAUUCGUGCUACCAUGUUGGUAAAGAGGCGAAGACCUGGCAUGAUGCAGAGAGUUACUGCAAGAGUAAAUGUACUGGACUUGCAGACUUCAGUUCGUUAAGCGAUCUGCAACAUGUGUUCUCACAUAUUCUUUCAAAAGUAUCAUAUUCACAAACAUUGAAUUUUUGGACAGAUGGUGUCCUACACAUAUCUUUUGGCCAUGGUGUUAGACAUUAUUGGAUGUGGUCAACUACAAAAGCAAGAAUAAGUUCUGAGUUGACUCAUAAUGUCCAUCUCAGUAGUUCUACUAAAUGUAUAAUGCUAAUUAGGAACUCCCGUGCAAGCACUGAUUUAUUGUCUGCGGCAAAUUGCCAAACAAAAUUAACUCCAGUAUGUAAAUUGUAAUAAAUUUGAGAAACA